AUGGCUCCCCGACACACUUCCUCUAGCCCCUUGAGGCUACCACGGUCUCUAUAUUGUAUCAUUACACUAUGUGUCCUGUCAUUUUCGGCUGUGGUCAAUGCGCUGGCGUAUCCGCAGCAAGAUGUGCUGGGUGAAUCAUUGUCGACUGUCAAUGGGGACUCCAGUGUCUUUGGUGACCCUUCUGCGGAGACGGUUCUGGGAGAUCCUGAAUCGACAUCGGGAGGGUCAAGCCACGAACCAAUUAUUGAGACACUGCGGGAUCUUAUUGAUGCACUGCGUGUCAUGCAAGACAAAUAUUUUGUAUUAUGGCAGGGCACAUGGCCUACCAGCAUCGAUUGGACUGCCGCCGUGCUGGGAACACACGUUUCGGCGGCGCUGUCAUCGCUGACGUCUGGACCGCUUGAUAUGCCUGAGACGGAUGACUUACAAGGAUUGACCUUCUUCAUGCUUGAGAAUACUGUCAACCAGUACUUCAGCCAUACAUCUGCCUUCUACUUCGGCGAGAAUGCAUUCAGUCUGCGGAACCAGGCUUACGAUGACAUGCUCUGGGUUGUGCUGGGGUGGCUGGAAAAUAUCAAGUUCCAAGACGUCCAUUCAGAUUUGCAUUACACUUCAUCCAAUGCCAGUUCUGGACAACCAUGGUAUGGCACUCAAUUCCGUGACUCUGCAGCACACAGAGCACGACUAUUCUACGAACUUGCCUCGGCAGGCUGGGACAAGACUCUUUGCGAUGGCGGUAUGAUCUGGAGCCCAUAUUUGACGCCAUACAAAAACGCCAUCACGAACGAGCUGUUCAUCUCCGCAAGUAUCGGCAUGUACCUUUAUUUCCCAGGUGAUCCCAUCGACUCACCAUUCCUCGUCAACUCACAAAAUACCCAUGCAACACGGAAGAAUAUACACAAUGUUGCCCAUCUCAAGGCUGCUGUUGACGGGUACAGAUGGCUCAAUCACUCGAAUAUGACCGGCCCUGGUGGACUCUAUGCCGAUGGCUUCCAUAUCAGUGGCUAUCAAAGCUCGCAGAAACCCGGCUCGGGAAAGUGCGACCAGCUUAACACUAUGGUCUACACCUACAACCAAGGUGUCAUCCUCAGUGGGCUGAGAGGGCUCUGGCUAGCCACCAACUCAAAAGACUAUCUGGUAGACGGCCAUGAGCUGGUUCACAAAGUACAGCUCGCUACCGGCUGGCCGUACAUCUCUAGUCCGCAGUGGAAAGGACUCGGCCGCGGAGGUGUACUAGAAGAUGCAUGCGAUGCCGGUGGCUCCUGCUCUCAAGAUGGACAAACCUUCAAAGGAAUAUUCUUCCAUCAUCUUGCAGAGUUCUGCCGGCCUCUGCAGCCACAAGAAGAACGAUUCCUGGCAGACGCCAUUAAUGGCGGUGACGCAGAAGGAAGUAGCUGGGAUGAUAUCUAUCAAUGGCAUUUGGGACGCUGUCGUGCCUACGGUAGCUGGAUCGAGCACAAUGCGCAGGCUGCUUUGAUGACUCGGGACAGCGAUGGCAAGUUCGGUUCUUGGUGGGGUCGUCCAUACUGUCAGCUUGAGUCUGAUGAUAUUGUGGAUAGCAGUACUAUUCCUGCCGACGCCAUUGACUACCGCAACUUUAAAGACUCUGGGCCCCUGGUUUCGGGCCUGCACCCGAAGGAUUAUAAUGACCGCGGCCGUGGUCGUACGGUUGAAACACAGUCUGGCGGUAUCGCAGUCUUGCGAGCCUUGUAUCAAUGGCAAUCCUGUGGUGCUCUUUGA